ACAGGCGCACCGUGUCCACGUUCCGGUCUCGCUGCCUCUGGGUGUUACAUAAAUAGUAGCUAAAGGUUAAUUAGUUAGCUGAGAAAUCGGAUCAGGGGCGGGCAGUCCGAACUUGAUCCAUACUCAGGUAACUGAAGCGAUCCCUUUUGUCUGAGGAAUCAGACCUAUAUAAACCCACCUGGACAGACCGUCAGCACCACAUCGCCUCCUACCCCUCAGCUGGAUCUCAGACGUGGAAGGAACCUUCUAAAGACAGAAUAAAAAUGUCCAUCUCAUCUGUCCUUAGUGCUGAUGCCAUCAGCAGUGCUCUGAAGGAGUGCCAAGGUCCUGACUCCUUCUGUCCAAAGAAGUUUUUCCAGAGUUGUGGUCUCAACAAGAAAAGCCCCCAGGAAGUGAAAAAGGUUUUUGGGAUCCUAGAUAAUGAUGCCAGUGGUUUUAUUGAAGAGGAAGAGCUAAAAUUUUUCCUGCAGAGGUUCUCUCCUGGAGCUCGAGUGCUCACGGAGAAGGAGACCAAAGGCUUCAUCAGUGCCGCUGAUGAUGACGGUGAUGGUCAGAUUGGAGUAGAAGAAUUCACAGCCAUGGUCUUAUCAGCUUAAUAGCUGAGAAUCAGACCAUUUUAAUCCAACCCCAUCCUUUCCACUGACCACUUCAAGGCCUCUUAAUUUGGUUACGCAACCUCCAUCCAAAAAGCAAAAACUCAUUUGGGAAAACUCAUACAAGUUUGUCAUGUUUUCAGUUCUUUUAUUUUUCACGUUUCACACCAGCCUUAACGCUGUAUUGCCCAAAGAAAUGUCCACCUGUGCAAAUUAAAGAGAAAUUAAAUGCAUAAAAACCCCA